AAAUAUUACGUGCGAUAAAAAAAUUACUAUUAUAAAAGUAACGUGAAACAUUUUUGGCCGGAAAUUACGUCAUACUGCUUAGAGCAGAAGGCUACAGGCUUACUACAUCUAUUGUAGACCCGGCCUUACACAUACGAAAAAGGCUGCGAUCUAAUUAAUAAUUCAAUUGCUUCGGAGUAUAUUUUUAUCCUUUUUCUUUUUUCAAGUAAAAAGAGGGGAAGAUAAUCUUUUGAAGCGCUUGUAGCGCUAAGUGGACUACACUUACGUAUGAAAGUGAAAGAGGAACAAAGAUGGAAACUUGAAAGCGUAGAAAGUGGAACUUUAACGUGCAGAUACACGUAUAAAUACACGUGCUCAGUGAGCACGCGCAUUUGAUAUGCGUGUACAUGCUGACGUAUGUUAUCAGUGGGUUAUCAGUGGGUUCUCAUCAUGCAUGUUGAAUAAUUAUAAAAGCCUGAUGUAAAUCGAGAUUACGUGUAACGUGUUACGUGGAUUGACGUGCAAUUUCUUUGUUGUUGAACCUUUGUUUUUAAUUGAAGAUGAUUCUCAAAAGUUUAUUGCAAAAACUCCCGCGUGUUCAACGCGUUCUACUCCAGGUAAAACAGUACAGUAGUGAGACGAAGGAGCCUCAAUUCUUGGGCAUUAAUAGUCCUUUCACCAAUACCAUCCAGUUUCGCAACAGCUAUAAAACUAUUCCGAUAUAUAGGAUUAUGGAACCGUUGGGAAAUGCUAAACUACCUGAAGGCGAAAAGCUAGAUGAUGCGCACCUGUUGAAAAUGUACCGCAGCAUGGUGACUUUGAGCUUAAUGGACAAGAUACUGUACGAGUCGCAGAGACAAGGCCGCAUUUCAUUCUACAUGACGAACACCGGCGAGGAGGCUGUGCAGAUCGGUUCCACUGCCGCUCUAACUCUUAAGGACAUGAUUUACGCGCAAUAUCGCGAAGCCGGAGUAUUGCUGCAUCGUGGAUACCCGUUAGAAAAGUUUAUGGACCAGUGUUACGGCAACUGCCACGACGACGGAAAGGGCAGGCAGAUGCCGGUACAUUACGGCUCUAAAGAGUUGAAUUUCGUCACCAUAUCAUCUCCGUUGACGACCCAGCUGCCACAAGCCGUAGGAGCUGCGUAUGCCUUUAAACUGGACGAGAAAGACGCGUGCGUGACUUGCUACUUUGGGGAAGGUGCGGCAAGCGAGGGCGACGCUCACGCGGCCUUCAAUUUCGCGGCCACUCUAUCGUGUCCCAUUAUUUUCCUUUGUCGGAAUAACGGAUACGCCAUCUCCACGCCGGUCUUCGAGCAGUUCAAGAGCGAUGGGAUCGCCGCCAAGGGCCCGGCUUACGGAAUUGACACCAUCAGGGUGGACGGUAACGACGUGCUCGCGAUGUAUUACGCCACGAGGAGCGCCAGAGACUUCUGCAUAAAGCAGAAGAAACCAGUCUUGAUCGAAGCUAUGACUUAUAGGAUUGGACAUCAUAGCACGUCGGAUGAUUCUACGGCCUACCGAUCGGUCGACGAAAUUACUGAGUGGAAGACUCACGGACCGGUCACCAAGUUUCGUGUGUAUCUCGAGUCGCUUGGAUUAUGGUGUAACGACAGGGAGCAGCACUUGAUAGAUUCAACCAGGAAAGAAAUCCUUUCCGCCUUUGCGAAGGCGGAGAAGAAGUCCAAGCCGCACUGGAAAGAGCUGUUCACGGAUGUCUACAAGGAGAUGCCCGGUCACAUCAAGAAACAAAUGAGCGUGAUGGAGAAACAUCUGGAGGAAUUCAAGGAACACUAUCCGUUGAGUUCUUUCGCGCCGGCAAAGUAAGAAAGGGAGAUCGCUGCUCAAAUGACAAUUUUAUACUUUCUCCUUUUAAUAAUAAAAUCUUAAACGUCUAAGAUACUAUACACAAGCAUC